CAUCUUAUCACUAUCUUAGCGCUCGCGAGGGGUCCACUUCCCGCGGGAACCCCUGCCGGUGCAGCCAAUCCGUCUGCAAGUCGGCGCGUUGAGCACCGACGAUUUUCUGAAAUUUUGUCCUGUCUCUGUCUGUGUACAUGGAAGCAAGUUAAACGAAGCUCUGGCGAAGUAACCAUACCCUUGACAUUCACCAUCCAGACCACAACCCGAGUCGCAACUCCGCGCGCUCGCCUACAGCACGACCAUGGAGUCCUCGCAAGACUUCAAGUCCAUCCAGGAGCAGGUCCAAGCCGCGCUGGUCAAGGCGACAAGAAGCAGCAAUUCCAUUGCGGCCGAGGAUUUGAAUUUCCAGCGCCGGAGCAACCCCGCCGCCGGCGAGGCACUCGACGAGGCCACCGAACGCCUGCUUUCUCUGUCCACCUCGCUGCUGAAAUCCGCGACCAAGGGAACAAACAACACCCCCCCGACUCUCGAAGAUGCCGACGACGUGGACGCCCAGUGGUCGCGCGUUGUCGAUGUCAUAGAUGCUCUGCUGGAGAAGGCCGACACCUGUCUCGACGAAUACACUGGCCUCGUCAAGAGGAAGGCUGCUCCCACCGACGAAGCUGGCUCUCUUCCAAAGAAGACCAAGACCUUCACUGCCCUCGAUUCCUCCAUGCGCCGAGCCAACAUCUUGAAGCCACAGAACGCCUUCGAGCUGAAACCCGACAACCUAGACACGACUACCUGGAAGCCUCUCCUCACCAAGAAACCCCACGCUGCACUACCAUUGGAGAAGAGUCUCGUUACUUUCAGCAAUGAGGAAGACAGUAUCCAAUACAAACAUCCCUACGAGACUGAGAUUCUCAAUCUCAAGUAUCCCGACGCCAUCUACCAGGUCGCCGAGCCUAUCAAGUACCAGCCGGUGGAAUCUACCACUGCUACAUUUGUCAAUACAUUUCAAGGUGUCCUCGACAUGCUGGCCGAGCUCAAACAGGCCAAGGAGAUUGCCAUUGACACCGAACAUCAUGAUUUUAGGACUUACACCGGACUGCUGUCACUCAUGCAGAUCAGCACAAGAGACAAGGACUGGAUAGUGGACACACUUCAGCCAUGGCGCCACAAGCUUGAAGUCCUCAAUGAGGUCUUUGCCGACCCCAGUAUCGUCAAGGUCUUGCAUGGCGCCUAUAUGGACAUCAUCUGGCUGCAGCGCGACUGCGGCCUUUACAUCGUUGGGCUGUUCGAUACGUUCCAUGCUGCAGAUACACUAGGAUACCCUGCCAGGAGUCUUGCUUAUUUGUUGAAGCGUUUUGUGGACUUUGAUGCUGAUAAGAAAUACCAGUUGGCUGACUGGAGAAUACGACCCAUCCCCGAGGAGAUGUUCUAUUAUGCUCGAUCAGAUACCCACUAUCUGCUUUACAUCUACGACAUGAUCCGAAAUGAGUUGAACGAGAAGUCGAAUCCCGAGAACCCGGAGGAAAACUACAUGGACAACGUCCUAGAUCGCUCCAAGGACACGUCCUUGCGACGCUACGAGAAACCGACUUAUGACGCAGACGGUGGGCAAGGGCCCAUGGGCUGGUUCAACAUGAUCAUGAAGCAAUCAUCCGGGAACUUCUCGCGCGAGCAGUUUGCUGUCUUCAGAGCCGUCCAUAAGUGGAGAGACGAUCUGGCACGGGCAGAGGACGAAAGCCCAAUGUUCAUCUUAAGCAACUCUGCCAUUUUCGACAUAGCUAGGCGCCUACCACCAGAUCCAAAAGCGUUGUUCAGUCUGGUAACUCAUCCCUCUCACCCAUUAAAGCAGCGAGUUUCGGAACUUUUCAAACUCGUGGAAAACGCCAAGAACGAAGGCGCCAAUGGGCCCAGUCUCACCGAGUUCUUCAGCGAAAAGGCACGGGAUGCUUCUGGUCAGGGUAUUGGAGCUGUAGCGCAACAGGUGUUCCCUCACCUCAGAGGGAACGAGGUGAUCCUUGAUACCAAGGAACUAGUGUCUGAGCGCUCCCAGUUAUGGGGGCAGGUUCCCAUAAGUAGCCGGUGGGAGGUAAACGGUAUGAGUGGUAGACCUCAGGCUAUGGAGUUUGCACUACCUUGGGCCGCCUUUUUGGAAAAUGUUUCAGUGACAGAGGCUCAACCCUCUGCAAAGGAAGAUGCUGCCACUCAGGCGCCAAGCACGAAAGAUGCCCAGAUGAGCGAUCUCAAUCUCGAGGAUGCCGAAUUCACACUCAAGCAGGGUGUCAAGCGAAAAGCUGCGGAACCGGCCCUCCAAGAAGAAUCAUCCGCGGGCGAAGGUGAGGCAGCACCCACCGCAAAGACUCUAUCGUCUGCCGCUUUAGAUGGUGACGAGAUCUCUAUCGAUGAUACAGAGGAAGAGGAAGCCAAGGAGAGGGCACGCAGGAAGGCUGCGAAGAAGGCUCGCAAGGAAGCUAAGAGGAAUAAGAUACAGGCCAAACCUGUCGUGGCUGAUGCUGAAGACCAGGGUGAAGAGGAGCCGUUCGAUUACAGCAAGGCCGAGCCAGUACUCAACGCUAAGAGGGGCGCAGCUGGUGGCGCAAAGGGUCCGAAGGCCAAGAUCUUUAAUCCGUAUGAUAAGCUUUCUGUCGAAGGACCAAAGGCUGCCAGACGCAUGCAUGGCGAGAAGCCUGGAAAGAGCGCUACAUUCAAGAGGUAGUAACUCGGAAGAACGGUAGGCGAGCAUGCCUCAUUCUGUGGCGGUCGACACCACUCGACAGAAAAGGGGUGCUGCUGUAUCCAGCAGCUGUUGCAUUGUCUGGCGUUCAGGUCGUUUGUAGAGAUAUCAUUAGAUACCAGGAAUUGCAUUGUCUUCCACGGAAAGAGAAGCGGUAGCCAACACCUCAAAAACAGCUGUCGAUACUGCACUUUCUUUCACUGGCUUGGUUACUAUAUCGUAGAUUUUUCCAGGCAGUAGAAUAUAGCAGGUCCCAAUUUGACGAC